CCGGCAGUACCACAGCGUCGGUUCCGCAGAGCGCAUGCGUGGCGGCCAUUUUGCGCGUUGCUAUGGUGACGUGAUUCGUAAUCAAAUCAACUCCUUUUUUUUUAAUACAGAAUCACAAAAAACAAUAACAUUGAGUGGUAGUGUUUUGUCUUCUGUUUAUGGUUGUUGAAUUAUGACGUGAGGAGCGACGUCACGGGAUGGCUGUGAAGACGCUGUGUGUGGCCGCCCUUAUUUGUGUCGCAGGGUUGGUAGCUGCGCAGGGGCCGGAAAAACGAAGGACGGGAAAUGUCUGUAACGUGGACAUAGACUGUCCUGACAACGCCUUCUGUCGACAGAGCAGCUACUGCGUUUGCAAAGACGGCUUUGUUUAUGCAGCUGUGAAUAGCACGCAUAAAGGAUGUUUGAAAGAGGCUCGAAUCGGAGAAGAAUGCGUCCAGCACAUACAGUGCCAUUCGACAAUGGGCGUUCACUCCGAGUGUAUCAACAGCGUCUGCGCCUGCGCACCCACUGCGCAUCUCGAGACUGACCGAUGUUACGAGACUGCGGUAAUCGGUGAACGUUGCGUGGUGGAUCAGAACUGCUUUCUAGGAGAGAUUGGUGCGGAGAGGCAGGCGUUCUGCGUGCGUGGGUACUGCACGUGUCAGUUGCAGUUCAGCCCGAGAGACAAUGGGACGAGGUGCGUACGCGACGCAGUGCUGGGUGAAGCGUGCGAAGAUGAACUACAAUGCGCAGGAGUGGGGCUGCAGUGUCGCGGCACGUGCCGUUGUAGAGACAACUGGGUAGCUUUCCAGGAUAUUAACGCAUGUGUUGAAUCUGCGAAAGCCCUCGAAGACCCGUGUCAAUACGACGUCCAAUGUGACUCCCUGGCUGGAGCUGCCGAGGCUCCCUCCCCCGGAGCCGCCUUGUGUCUGGGAGGAGUGUGUACAUGUGCGUACGACGCUAGAGCGGUCGGGAACCCGCCUCGUUGCUGGCGCAGGAAACGACCAGGACAGGAUUGUAAUAGGGAUGAGGAAUGCGUAUCAGAAGAAGAUGAGCCAGGAUAUUGUCUCUCAGGCCGAUGCACCUGCAAGACCUGCUCACCGGAUGCCAGAGAUUUCGGCGCCGCUAGUUCCCUUUCCCCGCCAUUAGCCGCCGCCAUAUUGUCACUUGCCGCCAUUUUCUCGCUCUAGCCGCCAUUUUGUGACGUCACCACGCCAUCUUGGUAACCUGAAACAUGAAAAGUAUAUUAACCUAUGAGUAAAUAAUUUUUCAUGUUAAGAAGUUAAGAAACAUCACAAAAUGUUUUAUUAAGAUUUAAAUUUUAAUAAAUCCUGAAUUUUUGUGUAAAUUUUUGUAUCUUGUUCAAAUAUUGUGUAGCUAAAUAUUGUCUAUCGCCACUUCUAUUUAGUUUAAUUACAGUUCCUAAAUAAGAUAGUGGUUAUUGUUGUAAAAUUUUAUUAUGUAAUGAUUGUUAUUGACUUGCUUUAACAGACUUUCUGUGGAUUGAAUCUGUGGACAGAUUGUCUGUGGACUCCUGUUUUUAACUUUGAUCUGCAUUAUUUUUUAUUGGACAUCCAGAUUUGUUUUGUAGUUUCAAUGAAAUUUCAUUGUUUUUAUUAAAACAGGUGUAAUUUUCCACAACUUGAAAAUGUUUGAGAUCUAUCUUACCUAGGUAAUUUUAACUUGGAUUUCAGCAGUUAAUUUUUAUUUGAUUAAGUUUAGUUAAGUUUAAAAGCUGCUUAAAAUUAUAUGAAAAAUAAUUUCGGUAUUGCAUAGUAGGUAUUAUAAAUCCUUUAGCUAUUUUUAAUUUAAUUUUAAAAUAAAAAUUGUAUUGUUUGGUAUUUAUUUGCACAAAGUGGCAGCUGCGUUGUUUUUGUUGGUAAUUUUCAAAGUUUAUGAUUAAGUUGUAAAUAAUAUUACUAUCGCUGUUAUUUGUUGUUGAAUUGUAUAUUUUUAAUUUAUAGACCAAGAGCUGAUGCACCAUUUGUUCAAUGGGUAUAAAAUGUUAUAUCAGAUUAAUAAUUUCUACUAAUUCAGGUUUAAGACAUCGAUUAAUCCUAAAUGAAUACGAUAACAUUCCUUAAAGACUUUUACAGAGAUUACAUACUGGCCACUUUAUUAGAUAAACAUACUUUCAGAUAUAGAAGUCUUUUUUUUUAUUGAGAAAGAAUACAAUAAGGAACUUGAGCUAACUUAUCCUAAUAACUAUACAACUAUACUAGAAGUCUUGAAAAAAUGUAUUAGGUAAACUUACUUACUGAUUUGGUCUAUAUGUUUUCAAAUAUAUCGUGCGUUUUUUGGGUUGAAUGGCGAAAACAUUCAGCGUCUAAUGGCUUGAAUAUUUUUUAUGAAUUUAUCAUAAAACAGAUUGUACACUAGCUCUUGGCCUAUUAAGCGUAGUUUGUAUUUACGAAGUUUUCUUCCACUGACACUGAGACAGUAUUUUUUGAGUGCAAUUUUCGAUUUUUAAAAAGGUCCACAUAAAUGCGUUACAUCUUUAAACGUCAAAUUAUUAUUGAAAAUAAUAUAGACGCAAAAGUCAAGACGCAACUUGAAGUUGAAAGCGCAUGAACUAUGGACUAAAUAUAUUUUUAAAGACAGAUACGAAUGGGUAGAUUUAUGCCAAAGAGAAUGUACACGAGAUAAUCGAACGAAUAUUAUGUAAAUAAAGAAUAAUAUUUAUUUUCAA